CAGGCCCAAAACAAGAUGGCAGGCUGCUGGAGCUGGGUCUUCCUUCUAACUGUCUGUGCUGUCAGUUUGUUUGAGGCCAGUGCAGAGAUCAAAGUCACCAUUCCUGUGGGCAAGUUCUUCACAUAUGAGCUGCUGAGAGAGACUUUCCAGAAUGACUUUGAGCCUUUGUCAAAACUCUACGCAGGGCGCUUAUACGAUGACCCCAUGAUUUUUAAGUGCAACCGGCAGAAUUUUCCAGACCUCCCAGAGUGGCUGCGCUUCACCCAGAGGCACCCCUACGAUAAUGGCUUCCUGUACGGCACGCCAACGUCUCCAGGAAAAAGUAUAAUUGAGAUCUACGCCAUCAACAAAAGGAGCUAUGAGGCAGCCAGACACAUCCUCGUAAUCAAAGCCACUGCAGAGAAGAUGCUGCCCUAUCAGGCAGAGUUCUUCAUCAAGCUGAGGGAGAUUGAGAAGGUGCUGCCCUCUUCUGUCCAGGAAGCAAUAAAGCACGAUGUACAGAAGCUUUGGGACACGGAGGCCUUGGAAAUUGUCAAUAUCACCAACGCCCUCGACCGGGGCGGCAGAGUUCCCCUCCCUCUCGCGGGACACUUUGAAGGCGUGUAUGUGAAGGUGGGGUCGGAGCAGUAUUUCUCAGAUUGUCUCCGGAGGGUGAUGACAUCGGAGCAUCAGAAGCAGUGCACAGCAGGGAACAAAGUCAAGGUCCCAGGAGGAUGCAACUUCUGCAACAUUCCCAGCAACUGUAUCACCUGGUGCAAGACAGAACUGUUUGAUCUGACGAAGGCGGAGCCGGCUCCACCUGCUCCCACCAUGGGUUCUGGGAUCCUGGAGGACGGAGGUGACUUCGGCCCUCCAGAGUCUCCCCCGAGCAGAGACUUCCUCCCGGACUACAUCGUGACGGUGAUCGUGCCCCUGAUCCUCGCCAUCAUCCUGUGUCUGCUGCUGGCCUACAUCAUGUUUGGCAGACGAGAGGGAGUUGCAAAAAGGAAUGCAAGAACAAACCAAAUCCAGCUGUACCACCACCACACUAUUCACGGGAACAGCGAUGAGCUGAGGAGCAUGGCCGGAGACCGCGGACACUCUCCACCUCUGUCCACACUGCCCAUGUUCAACAGCCGGACUGGAGACAGGGCCCCCCCGCUGCACUCUGACAGCAUCCCCCUCAUCAUGGCCCAGCAUGAUCCAUACAGUGACACGCUGCCCAGGAAAUGAGAACAACGGAUAAAGAGUCAUUCAUGCAGUCUAUGGUUCGAUAUUUGCAGUGAGAGAACAUGUUUUUUUCUUCUUUAGAUGCCAUUUGAAUCAAAUAAGAGUGUAGUUUGUAAAAUUGUUAUUUGCCGUUUAUGAUUUUCAAUAUUCCCAUAUUUCUCUAUUAAUAAAAAAUAUGAAAAGCCACAUUCUUCAUUGUUGUCAGCAAAGCAUAAAAUGUCAAAGGUU